GUGUUGCAUUGUAGUUUUUUUCUGUGCCGUUAAUUAAUAUUAAAAGUAGUUCAAGAAGGAACAAGGCCUUUUACUGCUCACGCCCGCUACAACUGGACGCCCAACGUUGUGGAUUGAACUUCGUGUUUGAAGCGAACACGCGUUCCCUUUGAGAAAUGCCGCCGAAGAAAAAACGACAAAGCGCUGGGAGCGCCGACAACACUUUGAACGACAGCAUCACAAUGCCACAAGGUGCAUUAGAGGCUAUCCUCGCUACGUUGCAGCAGUCACAGCAGGAUUUUUGCAUGCAACUUUUGAGCGAGGUGCGUUCAUCAACACCCACCGCGCAACCCGACGCGGCCGCCAUUGCUGCUGCCGCCGCGGCCGCCGCUGCCGCCGCGGGCGGUGCUACUACUGUAAGCGGAAACCUGUCGCAAUGUAGUGCUCAUUACAGCGGCUCACCAGAAGAGUCGUUGGAGAAUUUCGUGGACUCCGUCGAGAUAUACAAGUCGUGUCUGAACGUGUCCGACGAAAACGCUUUGCGUGGAUUUCCUAUGCUACUGACGCAUAGCGCGGCUUUAUGGUGGCAAGGUGUUAAAGACAGCACGUACACAUGGAAGGAUGCCCUACUCAGGUUACAGGGAGCAUUUGGAGAACGUCGCCCCCCGUACCGUAUUUACAAGCAGUUGUUUUCCUUGGUACAGGCUGAGGAGAAUACGGAGUUGUUCGUCGCGAAGGUACGAGCACUUUUAUCUCGCUUGCCCAUAGACGAUUUAAGCGAAAAAGUGAAGCUCGAUAUGACCUUCGGACUCCUAGAUAGGCGAAUAAGAAAACGCGUCGACCGAGAUUGUUUGAACAGCUUCGAUGAUCUGCUCGCCAGAGCACGUAAUAUUGAGGAUAGUCUGAAGGAGUCUAAUGUUCCAGUCCGCGAAGAAACAAGUUUGUCUGCGCGCAACGUCGCCGGCUACAACUCGCCGCCGGCGCCGCCCCCCGCGUGCGCCGCCGUCCCCGAGAGUUUUGCCGCCCCCGCCGCGGCCACCGACCAUCGCGCUUCGACGUCGUGUUUCGUGGAAAAACAUGUAACUCAUUCUUCAGACAGGCCUAAGCGUUUGUUUUGUGUCUAUUGCAAACAGAGUGGACACGUCGUUGCAGAUUGCAAAAAGUUAAAAUCAAAAAGUGAUACUACACCGGUUAUAUCCGAUAGUGAUAAGAGUGAUAACGCGAUUCGGUGUUACGGUUGUGGUGCGAGUGGCGUAAUUCGGUCUAAGUGUCCUACGUGUAAUCCUGACACGGGUCAGGCCUUUUACUCGCUCACGGCGUCAACAUCAAACGAGCUUUCCGCGCCGCCGCUUCGUCCACCCCGCGUGGACGCGCGGGCGCGUAGCGUCGUCAUCGAGUCAUCACAAUCACUUCGUGACGUCACGCAUGGCGCAAGGUCGCGCAUGCGCGGUAACGUGGACGUUGACUCCAGCUUCGGCGCGAACUCGCGCGCCGCCGCCGAUGGCCACGCCCACUUGUCACCCGCGCGCUACGUCACGGGAGUUAACCCUUCGCACGCCGACGAGUGUACAGCGGUGACAGGUAACACGUCGUUGUACGGCGUUUCGGAACAUUCAAGUGAGUUUUCUAAAAAUGAUUGUUUUAGCGAUGUUGGUAAUAAUAUUUUGUCUGAAUGUGUUGUAAAUGUACAGGACAGUGAGGCCUUCCGCCGCCCUAUUUUAGAUAUAAAUGUAAUAGGAGAGCGUGGGACUGGAUUGGUGGAUUCCGCAGCUAAAACUUGCGUGGCUGGUCACACUCUGUACUCUGUCCUGAUAGAAAAGGGUCACUUACUUACGCCGUGCACACAAAUUGUAAAACUUGCUGACGGUGUGAGUAAAGUAUUAAAUGUUUUUACCACGAGGUUAGAGGUGACACUUAAACACAAAACUUUGAUGGUAGAUUUUUUAAUUUUCCCUGAUGCGAAAAGUAACGAAACGUUACUCGGUAUAAACUUUUUAAAGAAAUUUAAUCUCGUUGUAGAUUUUGGUAACGCUAACUGGUACUUUGCUGAACGUAGUCAGCUAAAGUUUGACUUGCAGUUUGAGAGCGUGUUGUCACCUCCUUCCACGUGCGCUGCGAUGGACGUCCUCCGGGGUGAUGGGGUAACCUUGCCUAGUGGUGAACAACGUGAGGAGCUUGCCCAUCCCUUUAUCGAGAAACAAGAUAUUAUAAAGUCGGUGUUGCGUAGUGUUUCGCCUCAUAAAAAAGAGCUUAUGCGCACGGAGGAAUGUGGGGAAAAUAGAAAGACUCAGUUGGGUAUGAUGGGCCCUGUCGUUAUUAACGCUCUUACGCGAAGUCCCAGGGAAUUGCGUCGAGCGCAGCUAGAUGACCCGGAGCUGAAAAAGGUUAUUACUGUUUUGGAGAAUAGUAAGUUUGUGUCUAAUAAUGUCAAGCGUUGGACAGGAAGAGGAUACUUCAUGCAGCAGGGAGUGUUGUAUAAGUACAGCCCUGAUGUUGGCAAAGGGGAGCCGCAGUUGGUUGUUCCUGCUAGUCUCCGGCCAGACAUCUUAAGGGAGUGUCAUGCGCUAGCUGGUCAUAAGGGGCUAGAUAGGACAUUACAUAGGGUCUCACAGAACUUUUAUUUCCCAGGUAUGCGUCACGUCAUUGCAGACUAUGUUAUGGCUUGUGCUUCAUGCCGACAGUAUAAGCCUGGAAAUGAAAAAGCUUCUGGUCUGUUACAGGGACCUAUUUUGAAUCAGAGAGAGGUCUUAGUUGACUUGUUUGGUCCGUUCCCUCCGAGAGAGCAGGGGGAGAAGUGGAUUUUGAUAGUAGAAGAUUCUGCGACUGGAUUGGUGGAGCUUUAUGACUUGAAGGAAGGUACUUCAGAGGCCUGUGCUCGCGUCUUGAUAGAAGAAUACUUUGCUCGUUAUGGUUUUUCAUGUCGCAUUGUUUCGAGUAUGGAAGGUUUUGUGCCUCGUAUCACUCCUUAUUUGAGGAGUUUUCUUAGUUCAUUGGUGUCUGUGAGGGAUCAAGCUGAGAUACAACAGGAUAAGCGAAAAGGUUACGUCGAUAGGUCUUGCAAGGCAGGAGAGGUAUUCUCUAUAGAUGAUGAGGUGUUGGAUAAGUUCCAUGUAUCACAGCUCAGUCGUUUUCGUAAUAGGGAUGAUACGCCUCCUAGUCCAGAAGUGACAAGACGUCCCGGGGGUCGUCCUCGUGCGUGUGUACCCGUGGUGCGAGUUCAUGAACGUGCCUGUUCUUAUGAACUCGAGGGGGAGAGUGUAGCGUGUGACCUACCUAAUAACCGCCCUCUGUAGGGUAAUCGAGGCAACCCACCAAAGUGUAUUUGCCAACGUGUACUGACAUUUCUCGCCGUUUCGUUAGAUGGCGCGCGUCGGGCGUGCGGGCCUUGCUCACAAGUACUUAUAUUAUUAUUAGAAGACACGCCCUCCCUCGCGCCCCGCGCGCGCCCUUCUACGUCCCGCCAGUGGGCUCGGGACCUUUGACCAUAUAGGAUGUGUUAAUGUGUACUGUGCGUUUUAAGUCGAACUGUGUGUUGCAUUGUAGUUUUUUUCU